CAAAAGUACGUAAUACUUAUAUCUUUCCCAAUUCGAGGUCAAUCUGAUCGUAUUGAGAAACCCUCCAAGCUUAAGCCAUGUUUCUUACCGAUUGGUUUUUAUCGAAUUCUUGGUUCCCUCGGUCCGUGGCAGAAGGAAGCGAAGAUCUUGCUUCUGGUUGGAGAUUCUGCAAAGAUCGCCUUGCUUUCUACGUUGAGAGAUGAGGUUCGUUUUCAAUUUCAUAAUUAUCUGUGUUUAUUUGAUUUUCAUCAGUUGGGUUUAAUUGUUGUGACCGAUUUGUUCGGUUUUUAUCUAACUGGAAUGAAAUUCUGGAUCCCUAAAUCUUGUUUCAUCGUUUACGAUUCGUAAAACCCAGAAUUCCCCUCUUUUUUUUUCUUUUACCUCCAAGCGAACCCAAGAGCCUGGGUUCGCGAGGAACCCAGGAGCCUGGGUUCACGAGGAACCUAGCUCGCGGGUUCCCGACGAACCCAGGAGCUUGGGUUCGCGAGGAACCCAACUCACGGGUUCGCAAGGAACCCAGGAGCCUGGGUUCGUGAGGAAUGAGUCUUACCCUGAGAAAUGGAGAAGAUUUGAGUUGCUGUGAGAGUGAGACCGCGGUUUCCCAAGAUACCUCUGCCAGAACCUACUGGAAGGUCGAGGACAACCGCAUCUCCCUCCACAGGCAUCACGGCACUCCCAUCUCCGACGUCUCUUACGCUUUUGAUCAUGUGUUCGAUGAAACCUGCUCAAAUGCUCAAGUUUACGAGCUUCUUACCAGGUAUUUAAUUCAUGCCGCGGUUGAAGGGGUUCAAUGGUAUUCUUCUUUUCCCCACAUCGUCCAAAUUUGUUCAAUCACUAAGAUUUUGCUUUAAGCCUUUAGGUUCUCUUUGUAUUUCGUUUGGAUCUGGGAAAGCAUCAUAGGCUGUUUCUAAGAUAUCUGAGAAAUUAAAAUGUUUGAUUUGAAUUUCGUAACCUUAAAACAUUUUCCUUUUGGUUGGAUUUUUUCGACUUUGUUGGAAGACUUGCUAGUUUGGGUGCGAGAAUUGAUUGAUUU